UUUCAAUUUUUAAAUAUUUAGUAUGAAUAAAAUGUAGACCGCUUUAACUUUUGUAAUAUCGUAAAUAUACCAAUCCAACAAAGAUGAUUAUGUGGAAAAAAAUCUAAAGGAUAAUUACUAGGUAUAUCUGAUAACAAUAUUGGGGUCAACAACCGAUGAACGACAACACGGACAGUGCACCCUCGACAAGUAUGCAAGAAGUAAGUUAUACGAAAUCGGUAUUACAAAAUUAUGACUGUCAUCAAGUCAUCGACGAUGAAUAAAAAACGUAAAGAGAAAGUGAAGGAAUUCCCCCAUCCUGUUGAUUGUGGGUGGUCCUGGGUAGUUCUACUAGCUUCGUUCAUACUGUUCGUAACAUUUGGCGGCAUUUUGAGAUCUUUUGGUAUAUAUAUGGUAGAGUUUUUUACAGUGUAUAACACAGACUCAACGUCGUCGUCGCUUAUAAUUGGAUUGCAGUUUGCUACUAGUAGUGUCGUCGGUUUCCUAAGCAUGACAAUAGGACUGAAGUUUCUGACCCCGAGACAGGUGAUAAUGACUGGUGGAUUCAUUGGAAGUCUUGGAUUAAUAUGUAAUACAUUCGCUCAAAGUAUCUACUUCUUCAUUUUCUCUCACAGCAUUUUAGUCGGCAUUGCCAUAGGUUCAAUAAACGGACCAUGUUUGUUUGUACUCGGAAAGUAUUUUGACAAACGAAGGAGUUUAGCGAACGGAAUAACUAUGAGUGGUGUCAGCUUUGGUGGUCUUAUAAUGGGACCUUUAUCCAGACUACUUAUUGAUACAUAUGGUCUUCGAGGAGCCUUCCUCAUAAUUGGGGGAAUUCAUUUUCAUACAGUUAUGGCUGGUGCUUUAUUGCGACCAGAAUCUUUUUAUCGUGUUGUAAUUAAAAAAAGAAACCGUAAAAUCAGUGAUGAUAAAAACAAAGAUCAGAGAAUGAGAAAAAUAAGUGACGGUAAAAGCCCAGAACAGAGAACUAGAAAAAUAAGUGAUGGUAUAAAUAGGUCAGAAAAUAAAUAUAGAAAAAUAAGUGAUGGAAAUAGUCCUGAUCAUAGAACUAGGAAAAUAAGUGAUGAAAAUAGCCCUGAACAUAGAACUAGGAAAAUAAGUGAUCCAAAAAACUCAGUGGGAAUAUCAGAACAAAGAACACGAAAAUUUAGUGACACUAGAAAACCAGAAACAAAAUCACUGUUAGAAGAAAAUAAUGAUCAGUCUGACGGAUUCCGUCCAAGAUCACUCACAGGCGACUCGUUUUCGCCUUUAGCCAGAAAAGCAAUGCUACAACGAAUGCGUUCAAGAACAGAAUCGGAAGUUAUGCAAGUUGAAAUGGAUCCAAGUUUAGUUGAACUAAACCACCAUACCAGUUCAUCUCAAGGAAACAUACUUAAAAAAUUGGGAAGUUCCGAGACGAAAAGAAAACAUUAUUUAAGUAGCGAAUAUUUAUAUGAUAUUAAUACAGCUGAAAUAAUUAGAUCAAUAAGUGAUGAGAGUGUUAAUAAAGUAGAUUCAACUUUAGAAACGAAACAUAGCUUUGUAUCCGUUCUUCGUUAUGUGUUCAACUGUGAAAUUUUUAGAAACAUUGGAUUUACUUUAUUUAUUAUAGCUUAUUUAUCGGGAAGUAUUGGUUGUUUAUAUCCAAUUAUGUUUAUUCCCCCGCUAGCAGACUUCCACGGGAUAGACAAAACCCGUACUAGUCUUAUCAUAUCUAUUUCCAGUGUUAUAGACAUAUUUGGUCGGGCAGGAAGUGGAAUAUUCGCAGAUCAUGGUUAUAUUGGUAGAAAACAAAUCAUGAUUAUUGCAUUGAUUAUAUGUGGUAUUAUAAAUUGCUUAAACCCGUUUUAUACUGAAUUCUGGUCGCUUGUUUUAUAUUCUGUGAUAUAUGGACUCAUCGGAGGAACUAUGUUUGCUAUUAAUUCAUCUACUUUGUCAGAAAUAAUCGAACCGGAACGGUUUGGCCAAGCUAUUGGGCUUAUGACUGGAGGCCAACACAUAUUUUUUGGAAUUGCUGGACCAUUCAAUGGUGCAUUGAGAGAUCUGACGGGAAGUUACAACGCUACAUUCUUUUUCUUUGGAUUUGCAAAUUUCUUUGGAGCGUUUUUAUUGGUCGUAGACAUUAUAUAUAUGAAACUGAAUGGACCAAGGAAAACAAAGCUCGCUGAGGUUGAACUUGAGACAUGACAGACGUUUCUUUGGAGCGUUUUUAUUGGUCGUAGGCGUUAUAUAUAUCAAACUGAAUGGACCAAGGAAAACACAGCUUGCUGAGGUUAAAGUUGAUACAUGACAGACGUUUCUUUGUAGCGUUUUCGUUGGUCGUAGACGUUAUAUAUAUCAAACUGAAUGGACUGAAGAAAACACAGUUGAUGAGGUUGAACUUAAGACAUUGCAGACGUUUCUUUUAUCAGUAUUAUGUUAACCGGUUUUAUGUUAUACGCAUUUAUCUUAUAGUCAAACAAAUAACAAAGAAAUAGUU